GGAAGUGCGAUUGAAGAUCACUUCCGGCGCGCUGCGGCUGCCUGGGCGGUGGACCCGGACGGGCGCGGGGCAGGGAACAGUGGAGCCGGUAGUGCCCUGCUGGCGUCUCGGCCGGAGCAGAAGGCGCGGCUGCACCACCGCGCCCGGGCCGCCACGAUGCCGUUCCUGCACGGCUUCCGCAGGAUCAUCUUCGAGUACCAGCCGCUGGUGGAUGCCAUCCUGGGCGCCCUGGGGAUCCAGGACCCCGAGCGGCAGGAGCCCCUGGACGGGCAUCAGUACGUGGCCAGUGAGGAGAGCCGGCUCCACGUGCUGGGGGAGCUGCUGGAGAAGAAGGCCCACUCCCCGUUCUACCAGGAGGGCGUGAGCAACGCGCUGCUCAAGAUGGCUGAGCUGGGACUCACGCAGGCGGCCGCUGUCCUCCUGCGCAGCGGGGCCAACCUCAACUUCGAAGACCCAGUCACCUACUACACGGCCCUGCACAUCGCUGUCCUUCGAAACCAGCCCGACAUGGUGGAGCUGCUGGUGCGCCACGGGGCUGACAUCAACCGGCGGGACCGGAUCCAUGAGAGCAGCCCCCUGGACCUGGCCAGCGAAGAGCCUGAGCGCCUGCCAUGUUUGCAGCGCCUGCUGGAGCUGGGAGCCGAUGUCAACGCAGCCGACAAGCAUGGGAAGACAGCUCUGCUGCACGCUCUGGCCAGCAGCGACGGAGUGCAGGUCCACAACACAGACAACAUCCGGCUCUUGCUGGAGGGAGGAGCAGAUGUCAAGGCCACCACCAAAGAUGGGGACACUGUGUUCACCUGCAUCAUCUUCCUGCUCGGGGAGACCGUGGGCGGGGACAAGGAAGAGGCCCAGAUGAUCAACCGCUUCUGCUUCCAAGUCACGCAGCUGCUGCUGGCGCACGGGGCCGACCCCAGCGAGUGCCCGGCCCACGAGUCCCUCACGCACAUCUGCCUCAAGAGCUUUAAGCUACACUUCCAGCUCCUGCGCUUCCUGCUGGAGUCGGGGGCCGCCUACAACUGCUCCCUGCACGGUGCAUCCUGCUGGUCUGGCUUCCACAUCAUCUUCGAGAGGCUCUGCUCGCAUCCCGGCUGCGCCGAGGACGAGAGCCACGCAGACCUCCUGCGCAAGGCCGAGACUGCGCUGGACCUCAUGGUGACCAACUCCCGGCGGCUCCAGCUGCCCGCGAACUUUGACAUCCACCCGGUGGGCAGCCUGGCCGACAAGAUCCAGGCCCUGCACCACUCCCUGCGGCAGCUGGAGCUCCGGCCCCCAUCCCUCAAGCACCUGUGCCGCGUGCACAUCCGGCUCCACCUGCAGCCGUGGCCGGUGGACACGAAGGUCAAGGCCCUGCCCCUGCCUGACAGGCUCAAGUGGUUCCUCCUCAGCGAGCACAGCGGCAUGGCUGAGGAGGACAGCUGACGGGAGCCGGCCAGGUGGCGGGUCUGGGCACUGCGUCAGCUUGAGGGCAGGGUCCGUCCCGUGGGGAAGCCUGGGGGAGCCUGCGUCCUUUCCUCCACAGGGUGGGAGCACCUGGGCAUUUUCGGGAGCAGGCAGCACAGAGUCCAGGCACCCCGAGCUGGGGGCUGGGGUCCCAAGUCCCAUGUGGGAUGCAAUGAGCCUGCCGCAGGAAGCCAGGGUGCGUCCUACCAGCCAGGCCCUGUCCCACUCCAGUGUCACUCCCGGAAGUACUUUUGCUGAGUGGCGGAGAAGACACGCAAGGCCAGCCCAGGCUGCUGUUUCCGGAGGUGUCACAGGCACCCCCCCUUGCUGCCACUCCAGGCCUGGGGACGAUGCCUUCUGCUGAAUGGUGGUGGCACAGUCGUAUCCCAAGGGCUCCCGAAGCCAGCCACCAGGCCUAUUACCUGCUGCGCAGCCUAGGGCCAGACCUCCAAGCCACUUCCUGGCCACGCGGUUGGCCACCGCAAAUUGUGUAAAGGCCUCUGGGAGAGAGCCGAGGCAGCGAAGUGGCGUAUUUAUAUCACAGAUUAAAGUGAUUCUCUUGGCCUUGG